GACCGCACAUUCAGUUGUAAAUCCGCAUUCAAGUGUGUUAAGUGGAGAUCCUUGGAGAAUGGUACUUGUGCUUUAUGGAACCGAAUCAAGUGGACCAGUGCGUGCUGUGCUGCUGACUCUGCGCGCCUUGGAGCUGGACUUUGAGUUCCGGCACAUUGAUGUGACGGCUGGCGAGCAGCUGAAAGAGGAUUACGUGAGAAAGAAUCCACAGCAUACGGUGCCAUUGCUGGAGGAUGGCGAUGCCUGCAUUUGGGACUCGCAUGCCAUUGCCGGUUAUCUGGUGCACAAGUAUGGCAAGGACGAUGAUGCAGAUCCACGGGAGGCACUGCAGCGUGCCAUUGUCGAUCAGCGGCUGCACUUUGAGUCGGGUGUGCUCUACGUCCAGUGGAAACAGUUGAAGCAUCUGCUUUUCCGCGAGAAUGUCACCGAGCUGCCGCUGGAGAAGCUGCAAGAGAUUUACGCUUUGCUUGAGCGUUUCUUAGCUGGACACGCGUACAUUGCUGGUGAUCAGUUGACCAUUGCUGACUUUAGCAUUGUGGCCACACUGAGCACUUUGCACCUCAGCUUUGCACCCGUGGAUGCCGUAAAGUAUCCCGAAUUGAGCGCCUGGCUGUCCCGAAUCUCAGCGUUGCCCUACUACGAAGAGGCCAAUUUGAAGGGCGCUAGCCUUGUGGCGGAGCGUGUGCGUGCCAAGCUGCCCAAACAGUUUGACAAGCUCUGGCAGAAGGCGUUUGCCGACAUUAAAAGCGGUGCGGGCAAACAGUAAAGUCAACUAAUGAAGCCAAUUAGCUUUGCUUUUUUAUUUUUAUUUUCAUUUUUUUUUGCA